AAGACGAAGAAGAAGUUAGCCGUUAGCUUCCCGGUGCUGCAGGCUCUGAUUCUAUCUCUAGCUGAUCAACAUGGUCCAACUAGUGGGUUCCCUUCGAAAAGAGCUGGCUGACUCGCUUUCCACCUGCAAGGUGCUGGUGGUGGGAGCGGGAGGGAUCGGCUGCGAGCUCCUGAAGAACCUCGUCCUCACCGGCUUCAAAAACAUCGAAGUGAUCGACUUGGACACAAUCGAUGUGAGCAACCUGAACCGACAGUUCCUCUUCCAGAAGAAGCAUGUGGGCAAGUCUAAAGCACAGGUGGCCAAGGAGAGCGCCUUGCAGUUCUGCCCCUCUGCAAACAUCACUGCCUACCAUGACAGCAUCAUGAACCCCGACUACAGCGUGGAGUUCUUCAGAAAGUUCAUGCUGGUGAUGAAUGCUCUGGAUAACAGAGCGGCCCGUAACCACGUGAACAGGAUGUGUUUGGCAGCAGACAUCCCUCUGAUAGAGAGCGGCACCGCUGGAUACCUGGGACAAGUUUCCGUCAUCAAGAAGGGAAUGACAGAGUGCUACGAGUGCCAACCGAAGCCCACACAGAAGACUUUCCCAGGAUGCACCAUAAGAAACACGCCGUCUGAGCCCAUUCACUGCAUCGUCUGGGCCAAGUAUCUCUUCAAUCAGUUGUUUGGAGAAGAAGAUGCAGAUCAGGAGGUUUCCCCCGACACAGCGGACCCAGAGGCAGCAUGGAAACCCGAAGACACAGCGGCACGAGCCACAGCCUCAGAAAAGGACGGGGACAUCAAGCGCGUCUCUACCAAGCAAUGGGCCCGCUCCACCGGAUACGACCCCGUCAAACUCUUCAACAAGCUUUUCAAAGAUGACAUCAUGUACCUGUUGACCAUGGACAAGCUGUGGAAGAAGAGGAAAGCUCCCAUACCUCUGGACUGGCAGCAGCUAGAGAACAGUGCGUCUCCUCAGGAUGAGACUCCAGGCACAGGUUUGAAGGACCAGCAGGUUCUGGGCGUUUGGGGCCACUGCCAACUGUUCCAGCACAGCGUGGAGACACUCCGCUCACAGCUGCAGGAGAAGGGAGAAGGAUCUGAACUCGUCUGGGACAAGGACGAUCCUCCCGCCAUGGACUUUGUUACCGCGGCAGCCAACUUGCGUAUGCACAUCUUCAGCAUGAACACGAAGAGUCGCUUUGAUGUCAAAUCCAUGGCAGGUAACAUCAUCCCAGCUAUUGCAACGACCAACGCUGUCAUCGCUGGACUCAUCGUACUGGAGGGCCUCAAGAUCCUGUCGGGGGAACUGGAAUCCUGUCGCACGAUCUUCCUGAACAAGUGUCCCAACCUCAGGAAGAAGCUGCUGGUCCCGUGCAUCCUGGACCCACCCAGCGCCAACUGCUACGUCUGCGCCACCAAACCUGAAGUCACAGUCAAACUCAACGUCCACAAAACCACGGUCCUCGUCCUGCAGGACAGGAUCCUGAAGGAGAGGUUCGGCAUGGUGGCUCCAGAUGUGCAGAUAGAAGAUGGAAAAGGGACCAUCCUCAUCUCUUCAGAGGAAGGAGAGACAGAAGCCAACAACAGCAAAUUUCUUUCUGACUUCGGGAUCCGUAACGGGAGCCGAUUGCAAGUCGACGACUUCCUCCAAGACUACACGCUCCUCGUCAACGUCCUGCACACCGAGGAACUGGAGAGGGACGUGGAGUUCGAGGUAGUCGGCGAGGCCCCAGACAAAGCCCCGCCCCCUCAGAGUAAGCCGGAAGACAAUAACAGCAUCACCAAUGGCAACAAGGACACUGCCCAGCCGUCCACCUCCUCUAAAGCUCCAGCAGAGGACAACGACGUCAUGAUCGUGGACUCUGACGAGGAGGAAGGGGCGUCGUCCAGCUCAGCGGCGGCAGCUGGAAACAGCAGCGCCAAGAGGAAGCACUCGGAUGCAGAAACAGGCGAGACCUCCACCAAGCGCCCACGGACUGACUCAAGCGCAGCGGCCGCCGCCACCGACAAUGAUGACGAUGACAUCAUUGCUCUGGACUAACACCCACCCCUCCCCACGUGGUCUCCUGAAGGACUGAGAACUCUUUGAACGCUUGUCAUUUUGACUCGAGACAAACCAGUAGGCUUAAAUAAAAACACCUCUUUUAUGAAGAACAAUUUACUGCCCAGUUCAUCUUUCGCCACUUCCCAUCACCUCCACCCCCUCCCCCUCCACUCCCCAACUCUUUGUUCGUGCUUUCAUAUUCCCUCUUCUCUCCUCACAUGACGCUGUAAAUAGAUUCUACAAUUUAAAAACGUUUUGAAAAAUACGUACAACUUUUUGUUUUGUUAUUUUUAUUCAUUUCUGGUCCCUGUUUAAAAAAUGCUUCUCUUGAUGGUAAAAAAACAACAAGUGCUUAUUUUGUAUUUUUUAUAAACGUACUGUAUUUCUCAUGCUACACAAGUCAGGGUGUUUUUGUGCUUAUUUGUCAGGUUUCAAAAGAAGUAAAAACCAAAACAUUUUCUUGGGUUGGACUAUUGAACUCAGUGAUGGGAGAACGGUAGACCCAGAGGAGGUCUGUCGGGUGCCCCCUCGUAGGUGCUGCUCCUCUCUACAACCUGCAGACUGUUCACGCCUGCGAUUGGGUCGGUAAAGCACAGAGGCACCAACGGAGUGUUUGCGGCCACGUUUUUUUUGUGCCGGGGAGCGGGGGGGGGGGGGCGUUUAGUGUGCUACCUCUUUUCUAGAACUAACACGUUUUGGCUGCAAAGACGUAACCAUGCCCUCCAUUACAUCACCACGGUGAGGCGUCCAAGCUCUUAGCCAAUCAAAGAUCCUCAGAAAACAGCCAUGAAAGCAGCGGAGGGAACCCAGCUUCCUGUUUAAACUGCAACCGUGUCUUCAAAAAGGCUCUGGCUAAGCACAAAGCAGUUUAGAUCCAGGCUAGUUGUAGUUUUAUUGUAAACAUGAUGUUACGGUCACUUCCUAUUGGUUCUGUUUGUUUAAAAAAUGAAAAAUACAAAAAAGAAGUCAGACAGAACCAGAGAUGGAGUGAUGGUUUGACCAGAACCAGUCAAGUUUUUUUUUGUUUUGUUCAUACCGCAGAGGGGUUGAACUGGGUCAUCAGGUAGCAGUUUAGUACCUGCUGUCUCCAGUCUGAUGCCUGUGUCAAUGUCCAUCAUUUCAUAAUUACAUUGUGAUCUGACUUGUUGAAAGGCCUUGAAAGCCCUUUUUGGACCAAUUUGGUGAAGACAAUAAACUUUAAUGCAGAUG